ACUUUUUGGUCACUGCAGUGGUGCCAGGAAAUUCGGAUCUGCAGUUGUGUAGAUACGAUCAGCGCUCAUUACUGCCUAGACUCAAAGAACUAAGAAUGAUUGUGGUAAAUCCUCGCCAAGCGGUGUAUCUACUCAUCCUACAAAUGUCAUUUCUUCCGUUUCCCUUGCUCCUUGGUGCAACAGCGGAAGACCUGCAAGAAGGCAUUUGGGAGGCCCCGCCCUCCACAGUAACAUUCAACCAACCACAGGGCUGUGCGACCUGCUGUCAUGUGAUCGUGGGCCCCCCAGGGAAGCCAGGGAUACCAGGGGUUCCGGGAGUCCCUGGUCGAGGAAUUGAAGGUCCCAAAGGAGAGACUGGAGAAACGGGACCAGCGGGGCCGUCCGGGGAGAAAGGAGACCGGGGUGCACGGGGUGCGCCGGGCAAGCAAGGUCCACAAGGUAUUGGUCAACUAGGACUGACAGGAGAACCUGGUCCGAAGGGGGGACCUGGCCCGAAAGGGGACCCAGGGUCAUAUGGUCCUAAAGGGUCUCGCGGAUCAUCGGGUUUUGAUGGAUUUCCUGGUAUAAAAGGCUCAAGGGGAUUUGACGGCUUAAAAGGAGCCAAAGGUCAGAAGGGAAGUGUCGGGCCACCAGGACCAAGAGGAGAAAAGGGGGAUCAAAAACCACCUGAAAAUCGCUAUCGGAAUCGGGGAAAGUAAACCGGAUCAGUUAACACUUGCUCAUUUAUUCUUUAAGACUUUUAUUCCCUCCUUAAUAAUUUACUAGCUAGUCAUUUUUUAUUUUAAAUAACUUUGACCCUUGUUAUUGUAGUUUAAUUACAUGAAGAUUAAAAUCUUAUCAGAGAGCAUUCAAGGGCAGAUCCAGGGGGCCAACGAGGCUACACCCCAAAAGGAUUUUUCAGUUGAAGUAAAGAUAUUAAGUGUCUUUGGAGGUUGUUUUGUACGGACAGUCAUUUUGUUUCUGAGCAGCUGCGUAAUUGUGACUGGUGUUGUCAGUUAAUGCAAAAGUGCACCCGAGACACUAGCUGCUUAAGUAUUCUCUCCCUAUUUAAGGGUUUGGCUCCUGCCUUAAAUGUGUUCCACUUCUGUCCUCUCCUCGGAGCGUUUCUGUUUAAAAGGUGUUAAAAAGUGUGGUAAGAUUAUUUGGGCUAUUUUCUUGCUGACUAGAUGCUACCAUAUCCGCCUGUGUUUGGUUUCAUCUGAUUUAGUUGUGUAAAAUGUUGGAGUUUUAUGAGUAUACAACUACUGUAUGGUAUACGAGAAUUGUUUGUCACUUUAAUGGAAAAUAAAAUCAAAUAAGAUUUACUUCCAAGAA